AUGGCAGUGUACGCAGCUCAUUUGACUAGGACCUUGCAAGGAACUCCUUCAGUAUUCGAAAUAGCGGCUCAGGAAGCCCUUGGAGCGACAGUCAAACCAGCUUUACGGAAACUAGUUGAGUACUUCGCUGAAGUAUAUCCAAACAAGUGCGGGUGGUGUGAGAGGUGGUAUGAUGAGUUAUACUUGUUGCUUGAUCUCAGCCUGCAAUACCACUACUUGAAGCACUAUGCUGCCUCAUUCUCCGAAUGUUUCUACGGCCUGGUCCGAGUUCCUAUCUCACCAAGCUCAGAGUUUAGUUCUGGAUCUCGGUUACCUAAGGAUUUGGAGCGAGGAUCGCUGGUACUGCUGGUACUAUUACCAUACUUCAGAGAGAAAAUUGAGAAGACCAUAGACAGGUGGAGAGAAAAUUUAGAAGAUGGUAGACUGGGUAAGAGCAAAACUGACAAAGCAAGAAAAGCAGCCAUAAAACUACACUCAAUAAUCCAUUUUGUGAGCGAAUCUUGCAAGUUGAUUGUCUUGGCUCGGUACCUCACUGGCCAGAGUCAGGUACCCUCUCUGUCUCUUCAGCUACUGGGUUUAACGCUAAGAGAAGCACCAGAACAGGAGCCUGACGAUACCUGGUCAGAUUUCUUUAAAAGUAUCAAGGCUGGACACUUUGGGAGCGCGGUGAUAACGUUCCCGAUGGUGUGGAGCGUGUGCAGCUCGCUGGCGGAGUACGGCGCCUUCGCGGUGCAGCUGCUGCGCUGGUGGGACGCGCGCAGUCCGCUCGCGGCCCUGCCCGCGCCGCCGCCGCCGGAGAAGGACGAGCGAAGCGCGCGGGUGUUGAACAUGUGUCCUCUGUGUCGCCAGCGUUGGCGCGUGCCCACCGUACUUCCGGUCUCUGGUUACGUGUUCUGCUACUCAUGUAUAUCGCGACACCUUCGUGCAGAAGGUGCGUGUCCCGUGACACGUUCGCCCGCCGCCACCGCUGACUUAAGAAGACUCUACCUCGACGUGUAAAUAUACAUGUGCAUGUUUCGAGACACAUGGAUGAACUGAAUGGAUAUAAUUUUAUGUUUACAUGCUAAAACGUCGAACAGGUGGCAAGUUCCUAAUAGCAUUAUUCCUCAUUGACUGAAAAUGCUAGUUCAAAUAGAUAAUAAAAUAAUUAUAACAAAAGCUAUAAUUUCGUUUGGAGGCAU